GGCAAUUCUGGCCUGGGGUUCAGUAUCGCUGGAGGAACAGAUAACCCACAUAUCGGGGAUGAUCCCGGAAUAUUUAUUACUAAGAUAAUACCAGGAGGAGCUGCCGCAGAGGAUGGAAGACUCAGAGUCAACGAUUGCAUUUUGCGGGUGAAUGAGGUCGACGUAUCCGAAGUUUCACAUAGCAAAGCCGUUGAGGCGCUGAAGGAAGCCGGCUCCAUUGUACGACUCUAUGUCCGCCGGAGGAGACCUAUUCUGGAGACUGUGGUGGAAAUUAAACUGUUCAAAGGGCCCAAAGGCCUGGGAUUCAGCAUUGCCGGAGGUGUAGGAAACCAGCACAUUCCUGGUGACAACAGCAUCUAUGUCACAAAAAUUAUUGAUGGUGGAGCAGCGCAAAAGGACGCACGGUUGCAUGUUGGAGACAGGCUUCUUAUGGUAAACAAUUACAGUUUAGAAGAAGUCACCCACGAAGAAGCAGUAGCAAUAUUGAAGAACACAUCGGAUGUAGUCUAUUUAAAAGUGGGGAAACCAACCACCAUCUAUAUGACCGACCCUUAUGGCCCUCCAGAUAUUACUCAUCCUUAUUCCCCACAAAUGGAAAACCACAUCCUGUCUUCUGGCAACAACGGCACUUUAGAAUACAAGACUUCUAUGGCCCCCAUCUCACCUGGAAGAUACUCACCUAUCCCAAAGCACAUGCUAGUGGAAGAUGACUACCCCAGGCCUCCUGAACCCGUUUACAGCACUGUGAACAAAUUCUGUGAUAAGCCACCUUCUCCUAGGCAUUAUUCCCCUGUCGAGUGUGACAAAAGCUUCCUCCUUUCAGCUCCCUACCCCCACUACCACAUAGGCCUGCUCCCUGACUCUGAAAUCAUCAGUCAUUCCAGGCAUGGUUCCAUAACCCAGCUUCCCACUGUGAACAUCCAGAGGACCAUGUCACUAGAAGGGGAGCCUCGGAAGGUUGUCUUACAUAAGGGCUCGACGGGGCUCGGUUUUAACAUUGUAGGAGGAGAAGACAGGGAAGGCAUCUUUGUCUCCUUCAUCCUAGCAGGUGGACCAGCUGACCUCAGCGGUGAACUUCAGAGGGGAGACCAAAUUUUGUCUGUCAACGGGAUUGAUCUUCGUGGUGCUACACAUGAACAAGCGGCCGCAGCCCUCAAAGGAGCAGGCCAGGUGGUGACCAUUAUAGCACAAUACCAGCCUGAAGGUAGGCUAAGACCAACAUACAAAUCUUUGCGGGGCGGGGGGGGCGGGCAUGAAGAGAUCAUCUUUCAAACACCCGACCU